AAGCCAGGAAACCAAGAUGGCUGUGCAGGAGACAGCCUCUCAGCUGUCCAUGGCUCUCAAAGUCCAGGAAUAUCCCACGCUGAAGGUGCCGUACGAGACUCUGAACAAACGCUUCCGAGCGGCUCAGAAGAACAUCGACAGGGAGACGAGCCACGUCACCAUGGUGGUCGCAGAGCUGGAGAAGACGCUCAGCGGCUUCCCGGUGGUCGACUCUGUGGUGUCGCUGCUGGACGGAGUGGUGGAAAAACUCAGCGCCCUGAAGAGGAAGGCUGCCGAGUCUAUUCAAGCUGAAGAUGAGAGCGCUAAGCUGUGUAAGCGUCGCAUUGAGCACCUGAAGGAGCACAGCAGCGAUCAGCUCGCCUCAGUCAACCUCUGGAAGAAAAAACGUAUGGACCGCAUGAUGGUGGAGCAUCUGCUGCGCUGCGGCUACUACAACACAGCGGUGAAGCUGGCCCGACAGAGCGGUAUAGAGGAUCUGGUGAACAUCGAGAUGUUCCUCACUGCCAAGGAGGUGGAGGAGUCUUUGGAGAGGCAGGAGACAGCCACCUGUUUAGCCUGGUGCCAUGACAACAAGUCCCGCCUCCGCAAGAUGAAGAGUUGUCUUGAGUUCAGUCUGAGAAUCCAGGAGUUCAUCGAGCUCAUCAGACAAAACAAGCGCAUGGAUGCUGUCCGACAUGCGAGGAAGCACUUCAGCCAAGCAGAGGGGGGGCAGCUGGAUGAGGUCCGACAGGUGAUGGGCAUGCUGGCCUUCCCAUCAGACACACACAUCUCCCCCUACAAGGAUCUUUUGGACCCAGCUCGCUGGAAGAUGCUGAUCCAGCAGUUCCGAUAUGACAACUACAGACUGCACCAGCUGGGCAACAACUCUGUGUUCACCAUCACCCUGCAGGCCGGUCUGUCUGCCAUCAAGACACCUCAAUGCUACAAAGAGGACGGUGGCUCUAAAAACCCGGACUGCCCUGUGUGCAGUAAAUCUCUGAACAAACUGGCCCAGCCGCUGCCUAUGGCCCACUGCGCCAACUCUAGACUAGUGUGCAAGAUCUCUGGGGAGGUGAUGAACGAGAACAAUCCUCCCAUGAUGCUGCCCAACGGAUACGUCUACGGCUACAACUCCCUCCUCUCCAUCCGCCAAGAUGACAAAGUGGUGUGUCCCAGGACCAAAGAAGUCUUCAACUUCUCUCAGGCAGAGAAGGUCUACAUCAUGUGAUCGCAGACGGUGCUUCUGGGUCCAUGACAUCACAGCUUCUGAGGCCAGGUCUGCUCCGAGCCACCAGUGGAGCUGUGAUCCAGGCGCCCCCUCCUGACAGACCCUUCAACCACCCUCCACCCUGUUAGGCCACGUGCUCACCCCCUCACUCAAACAGGGCUCUUCGUUCAGACUGUGUUUUCUUAGUGGCUAGAAGUUGUUUGGUCUGAAACAUUCAAGCACACGGACCAUCAACGUUUCAUGGUCUCAAACUGGUCUCAAACUGAAUAUUACCCGUAGAUAAAAGGACUGGGGGAACUGCUAGUUAGAUGUUCAAUUUUACUACUACAAAUAAAAUACUUCUUA